GUCUUCCAGAAAUUCCAGUUUGUUGGAACCCAGGGAGCACUUCGUGCUAGAUCUCACAGCUUUGCAAAUAGGCGGCCAUUGCAAUUUAGACUCCAAGCAGCGCAGCUUGCAAGCGCAAUGGCUGCCAUUGCCCAGUCUGCCAUUGUCGGCGCGAUUUGCGGUCCCGCUGUCGCCUCAGCGGAGGUUUCCAGCAGGACCAGCAUUGUCUCUUUCAAUGGUCUGAAGGCCACCUCUCUCCGUCAGUCUGUGAAGGCCUCCCUCUCGCAACGCGUCUCGUCUAAGCGCGCUGGUCGCGUUGUGUGCGAAGCCACUGGCACCGAAGUCGCGGGCCCUGUGACGGAUGCAACCUUCAAGAGCCUCGUUCUGGAGAGUGAUGUUCCAGUCCUGAUCGACUUCUGGGCCCCAUGGUGCGGCCCUUGCAGAAUGAUUGCUCCCCUCAUCGAUGAGCUCGCGAAGCAGUAUGCAGGAAAGCUCAAAUGCUACAAGCUGAACACCGACGAGAGCCCCAACGUGGCUACAGAGUACGGCAUCCGGAGCAUCCCCACUGUGAUGAUCUUCAAAAAGGGGAAGAAGGUCGACACCGUCAUUGGUGCUGUUCCUAAGUCUACCCUCACCACCACCAUUGACAAGUACUUGUGAGAGCUCAUUUGAGGUCUCGCGUACUUAGAGCUCAUCUUCAUGUGGAUGUUAACCUGCGAAUUUUUUUCGUCAAUUGUAGUAAAUCCAGCCUCGCUCUGUGACCUAGAAGGUUGCAACGAAAACUCGCAGGGUAGAACCCUUUAGUUCUAUCACGCGGUUCAGCUAGCUUGUUACAGAUGUAACCUCCACUUGGUGAACGUGAGGAAUUUUCCAUUCCUAAUCGUAUUUGUGAUGAUAGAUCUUGAGAAGAUCUUUCCGACGCAACAAGAAUCGCUUCAAUCGGAGCAAGAAUGCGAAAGCUAUGAAGAUUCAAAGUUCAUGAGCUUGCGUUACAAUUGCGGCGGUUACAAAGUGAAGUUGUGGGGUGACUUUAUAUGGAGUUGGGACCUUUGGGGUUGGGGAAACUUGUCACUCUACUGUAACAGCUGCAAAUUGGUUGGGAACAACCAAGCUAGGUUGGCAAGGGUGGCCAACUUGGAUGGAUUGGUUGGGAAGGGACAAAUGUCAAAGUUUGGGUUCCUAUAGGGAGGGAAUCUUUGUGCUUAUGGGGUUUCCUUGGUUGGGGACUCUCUUGGGACCUCCCCUCUCAUCCCUCUCUUCCUAUCCCAACCUUUCUCUUGCUCCUUCUAAUUCCUUGUGAGAUUCUUGAACUUUGAUUGAACCUUUGAGAUUGAGUAUUUGUGAUGAUAGAUCUUGAGAAGAUCUUUCCGACGCAACAAGAAUCGCUUCAAUCGGAGCAAGAAUGCGAAAGCUAUGAAGAUUCAAAGUUCAUGAGCUUGCGUUACAAUUGCGGCGGUUACAAAGUGAAGUUGUGGGGUGACUUUAUAUGGAGUUGGGACCUUUGGGGUUGGGGAAACUUGUCACUCUACUGUAACAGCUGCAAAUUGGUUGGGAACAACCAAGCUAGGUUGGCAAGGGUGGCCAACUUGGAUGGAUUGGUUGGGAAGGGACAAAUGUCAAAGUUUGGGUUCCUAUAGGGAGGGAAUCUUUGUGCUUAUGGGGUUUCCUUGGUUGGGGACUCUCUUGGGACCUCCCCUCUCAUCCCUCUCUUCCUAUCCCAACCUUUCUCUUGCUCCUUCUAAUUCCUUGUGAGAUUCUUGAACUUUGAUUGAACCUUUGAGAUUGAGUUAAGU